AUGGGGAUUACCGGAUUAAGCUUCAACCCACUUAGAAAUUUUGUUGUUAUAGAUCAGAAGAUAGGAUCGUUUUUUGUUUUGUUUAUUUAAUUUUGGGAAUUAUCAAGUUUCUGUUGUCUACUAUGGCAACCAAACAGCGGGUUUUGUUGUUUUCUGUUGUGUCCUGUUGCUAAUAAAUCGGGGUAUCGAUAAUUUUGCGGAAACUGAACUUGAAACCCACUGUAAAAAUCAAAACUAUAUUGUAAUAGAUAAUUAGAUCAGGAGUUAGUAUUGUUUUUGGGAAUUCUCAAGUUCCUAUUGAAAUUUACACUUUGUGCUUUGCGAAAUUUUGAUUUCAUAUAUACUUAUACGGUUUUUUAUUGUGGUUUUACAGUGGUGCUUCGUGUUCUAGAUUAAGGAUUCGGAUUCCGAUUUCACGAUGAUCAGUGUAAUGAAUUCCGUGAACACUUCCAUUAAUGAAGUCGGCAAAUGCUUGGAUUCUCAGUUAUGGCACGCAUGUGCUGGUGGUAUGGUACAAUUGCCGCCAUUAAACUCCAAGGUGUUCUACUUCCCUCAAGGCCACGCCGAACAUGCUGCAUCGGGAAACGUGAAUUUUGGGGAUUUCUCUCGAAUCCCACCUUACAUUCUGUGUCAAGUUUCCAAAGUGACGUUCAUGGCAGAUCCCGACACCGAUGAGGUUUAUGCUAAAAUCGGUCUUCUCCCCUUGAGAAACCUCAACGAUUUUGAUUCUGAUGAUAAUGGGAUUCUAGGGUUCGAUCAAAACAACCAAAAUCAGGAAAACCCAACAUCAUUCUCAAAGACAUUAACUCAAUCAGACGCUAACAAUGGUGGUGGAUUCUCAGUCCCGAGGUACUGUGCAGAAACCAUUUUCCCUAAACUCGAUUACACCGCAGACCCACCUGUUCAAAACAUCUUAGCCAAGGAUGUUCAUGGACAAAUUUGGAAAUUCAGACAUAUUUACAGAGGCACCCCACGUCGCCAUCUUUUAACCACAGGUUGGAGCAAUUUCGUGAACCACAAGAAGCUCAUAGCUGGUGAUUCAAUCGUAUUUCUUAAAUCUGAUAAUAACGAUCUCUGUGUUGGGAUUCGAAGGGCAAAAAGAGGAAUCAAUGAGAACAACGACAAGUUUUUCAGAAACCCUAUUGAGAAAUUCAAUGGUGAAUCUGUCUUUGAAUCUGUGAAAUUGGCAGCAAAUGGUCAACCGUUUGAGGUUUUUUAUUACCCGCGUGCAAGUACACCCGAGUUCUGUGUGAAAGCUUCAACUGUCAUGGCUGCUAUGAGGAUUCAAUGGUGUCCUGGAAUGAGAUUCAAGAUGGCUUUUGAAACUGAGGAUUCCUCAAGGAUAAGUUGGUUCAUGGGGACAAUUUCGUCUAUUCACAUCAAUGAUCAACAACUUUCCCCUAAUUCUCCUUGGAGGCUUCUUCAGGUAUCAUGGGAUGAACCUGAUUUACUACAACAUGUGAAGCGAGUCAACCCAUGGUCAGUUGAACUCGUAUCUUCAAUCCAUCUUUCACCAUUUUCACCACCACGAAAAAAACUCAGAAUCCUCCAACCACCCGAUCUCCCGCCACUAACCACCGCCAAUCACCACCACCCGACAAGCAUCCAGGGAGCCAGGCAGAACAAUUCCCAAUUUGGACAAAAUAACCAUUUGAAAUCAUUCCCAAUUGAAAUCGCGAACCCUUUAACGAGAUUCAAGUCAACAAGUCAAACAACUAAAGAAACCGAUGAACACAUUUCUUGCUUGCUAACAAUGGGGAAUACUUUCAAGAUGAAUGAUGAUGAUAAUGAUGAAAAGGAUAAGAGUAAGAAUAAGAAGAAACCAAUUUUUGUGCUUUUUGGUCAACCGAUUUUGACCGAACAACAGCUGUCAGAGAGCUGGUCUGGUGACGUGGCGGCGGCUCCAAAUGUUUCUGAUGGUUCAGUGGUCCUUCAGAAUGGUCCGGUUGAAAGCUCUUCAGAUGAAGCGGGUCCAUGGUCAAAAAAGUCAAAACAACAAAAAUCUACUCGAAUGACUUCUUAGCUUUUUACCCAUAUCAAGAGUUGUACAGAAUCUUGCUAACCCCUCAGUGAGUUCUUGAAGACAGGACAAGAGCUAAUAGUUUUAAUGGAAGAAGUAGGCAGUGGUAAUGUAGGAAGUUAGGAGGUAAUUGAAUUCUUGUUUAUUUUCUUGGAUUUAUGGGAAAAAAGGUCCAUUUUUCUAGCGAUUUUGAGACAUUAUUAUGAAUUUAGUUUAGACUUUUGAUAUUUUAUUGAUGUGUUUGAAAAACCCGAUUUCUGGUGAAUCAUUUGGGUGGAAUGUUGAUGCACAA